AUGUCUCGCCCAGAAGAUCUCCUUCCACCAGAUCUAUUCUACAACGACAAUGAAUCCCGCAAGUACACAACGUCGUCGCGUAUCCGCAACAUCCAGGCAGAUAUGACCAAUCGAGCAUUGGAACUUCUUGACCUCAAGUCCCCUUCUCUGAUUCUCGAUGUUGGAUGUGGAUCCGGUCUCUCGGGCGAAAUACUGUCCCAGGAGGCCCCCGAAGAUGGUGGACCGCACACAUGGGUGGGCAUGGAUAUUUCGCCAAGCAUGCUGGAUGUGGCCUUACAGCGUGAUGUGGAGGGUGACCUUUUCCUUGCAGAUAUCGGACAGGGGGUGCCUUUCCGCCCCGGUUCGUUCGAUGCUGCAAUCAGCAUUAGUGCGAUCCAGUGGCUGUGUAAUGCCGAGACCAGCGACGUUAGCGCUGAAGGCCGACUCAAGCGGUUUUUCGAAGGCCUUUAUGCUAGUCUCCGCCGAGGCGGACGUGCCGUCUGCCAAUUUUAUCCGAAGAAUGACGUUCAGCGAAGUAUGAUCAGUGGAGCUGCCAUCAAGGCUGGCUUUGGGGCUGGUAUGCUUGAGGAUGACCCGGGCACCAAGAACAGUAAGCUGUACCUAGUCCUCACGGUCGGCGGUGGUGGUCUACAGGGUGAUAUCACAGGCGUAGUUAACGGCAUGGAUGACGUUGAUGUCCUGGAUGCUCGGCGCAAAGCUAUGGAGAUUCAAAACGCUCGUCCAGCGCGCAAGGGCGACAAAGCCUGGAUCAUGAAGAAGAAAGAGCAAAUGGAGAAGAAGGGCAAAGUGGUCAAGCAUAAUUCCAAGUACACUGGCCGCAAGCGACGCAUUGCCUUCUGA